AUGGCCACCCUCGAAAGACCCAUCGUUGACAACGUCUUCACUGGCGCCGGCUACGACUACGUCGACCCGUCUCUCCACCGCGACAUCAACCUGGGCACCCGCGACCAGUACCUCAUGGACCGCGACUACGACCUCCACCGCCGGGGCAAGCUGUCCAAGAAGGACUACAAGCGCAUGUACGGCACCAAGAAGGACAAGGGCAUCCACCACCACCACGGCGGCCACCUCGGCGUGGACCGCUCGGGCUACGACAACUACGGCUACGGCCGCAUCGUCGAGCCCGCCUACGGCCUCGGCGCCACCCGCGGCCUGGGCUACGGCGCCAUGCCCAUAAUGGGCACCCGCGACAUCGGCUACGGCGCCAUGCCCCUCAUGGGCACCCGCGACAUCGGCUACGGCGCCAUGCCCCUGAGCCGCGACAUCGGCUACGGCCGCGACCUCGGCUACGGUGGCUACGGUGGCUACGGCCGCGACCUCGGCUACGGUGGGAUGGGCAUGGGCCGUGACCUGGGCUAUGGCGGCUACGGCUACGAGAGCUACCCCUCCGGCGGCAUGGGCAUGGGCGGCGGCCUGCUCGGCGGCAUCGAGCGUGGCAUCGAGCGCGGCAUCGGCGGCAUCGAGCGCGGCCUCGGCAUGGGCGGCGGCAUGGGCAUGGCUCCCGGCAUGGGCGGCAUCGGCGGCAUGGGCCUCGGCGGCAUGGGUAUGGGCCUCGGCGGCCGCGGCCCGAUCGACGAGGGUCGCUUCCUGAAGCUGCCCCACUACGAGCGCAUCAGCGAUAACCCCAACAUCGACAACGCCACCUUGUGGCGCCCCCGCGCCGACAUCUUCGACGUCGACCAGGACCACCUGAGGGUCGAGUUCGAGCUGCCCGGCGUGCCCCGCGAGGACAUCAGCCUCACCAUCCAGGACAACAUCCUCACCCUCGCCGCCCUCAAGCCCCAGACCCGCAAGGAGGAGGUCGGCUUCCACUACCAGAACGAGCGCCACUUCGGCAAGUUCUACCGCCGCAUGAUGCUCCCCUUCUCCGUCGACGCCAACAAGGUCAAGGCCCACAUGGACAACGGCGUGCUCAAGGUCCACCUCGUCCGCCUGCCCGGCGUGUCGGGCGGCCGCAUCCCCAUCGGCGAGGGCCUCCUCGGCACCACCACGCCCCUGGGCACCACCUCCGGCAGCACCCUCUCGAGCACCACCGCGCCCCUCGGCACCACCGGCACCUCGACGGGCGUCUCCACCACCAGGAUCUGA